AUGUCAUGUUUGUUUGUUGACCUCAAGGUCUCCCCAAAAGUUGCGAACCUUCCAAGGCGUCAAAUUUUGGGGCUCUACCGAAUAGGAUCGUUAGCCACCAAUCUUGAAACCAUGCUUGAGAUGCAUCCUCAGCCACUCUCCUUCCCGCUUUUUGCUCACCUUCCUCAAGAAUUGCGCGACUUGAUUUGGUACUUUGCUCUCCCAGAACGGAGCGAUUCUGCGCUCUAUAUUUACAAACCAUGCAAUUGGAUCCUGCGUCGACUUACCGAGGGCGACGACGGAUAUUACGAAAGCGACGACACCCUGAACUUGGACCUCAUAUUUCGUGAUGAUUUGAUAGACCCUGUUUACUUUGAGUUGCCAAUGGCAUUCGUUAGCCAUGAAGCACGCCGAAUCGCACUCGCCUGGACUCGGAAACACGACAUAAAGAUGCAGCGUACCAGGGGCAAGAUAUAUCCCUGUUGUAUACAACCUUUUGAUGCGCAGUCUGAUGCACUCUAUAUUUCCACCAAGAAGUGGCACGAAUUCCUGAGUGAAUCCAUCGAGCGUGGAUUUGAACCUGACCUGCUCGGCCGUCAGCACGGCGUAGUGUCGGACAUCAACCAUAUCGCUAUAUCUGAAGAAGUAUUGCGAUACCAAACCGAAGAGUUGGCAGAAAUUUUUGUUAGCCACCAAAAUGUGCACACUAUCCUAGUUGUAGUAGAUGCAUCUUCGGAUUUGGAGUCGGCAUAUACACUUAGGGAGCCUGGCCAAUCACAAUGGAAAUACGAACCAAUGGAGGACUCAAAACUCGUUUGGGACUGCAAUAAAGCUGUAUUCAUGUUUGAACGGGACGCUUCUUCUGAGCUCCAUCGAUCUCGUAAGCUUCUGGAGGAAGUAAAAGAGCAACUCAACAACAGCAUGCAGCAGCCGCAUACAGAGCCCCAAGAACUGGAAAUUAGGCUUGUAUCUGCUUACAGAAAACAGUUAGAUAGUACCUCAUUAGUUGGUUGA